GCUCGCGGACAGGCAAGCGCGUGGGGACUGUGUUUGGCGGCCGCGAGCCUGGGCGCGUCUCCGCCGAUCGUGAGUGUCCCGGAGCCCGGUGGUCACGUGUGUCGGGAAACCUCGCGGGAGGGCAGACGGUUAGGAACCUCCUCCACACCCCCUCCCACCCCGGUACCGCCGCCCGGCCAGAAGUGUCGGAUAGCCCGAGGGAAGUGUCGGUGCUCGCGGGCCGGACACGGACACACAGAGCGCGCGGCCGCCGGAUACAUGCUGGGGGAUCCUCGCACUCCUCCUCAGAGGCCGCUAGAGUACUGUGACCGGAGGAGAGCGCCGCCGCCGCCGCCAGCAUGGAGUUCCCUACCCAGCAAAAAGCCGUGGAUGGCAAGAUCAUCUACCCUCCCGGGGUGAAGGAGAUCACGGACAAAAUCACCAACGACGAGGUGGUCAAACGGCUGAAGAUGGUGGUAAAAACGUUUAUGGAUAUGGACCAGGACUCAGAAGAUGAGAAACAACAAUAUCUCCCUUUAGCCUUGCACCUUUCAUCUGAAUUCUUCCUCAGGAACCCCAACAAAGAUGUUCGCUUGCUUGUCGCUUGUUGCUUAGCUGAUAUCUUCAGAAUAUAUGCCCCAGAAGCACCAUACACCUCUCAUGAUAAAUUAAAGGACAUUUUCUUGUUCAUAACAAGACAACUGAAAGGCCUGGAAGAUACAAAGAGUCCACAGUUCAACAGAUAUUUUUAUCUAUUGGAGAAUUUGGCAUGGGUUAAAUCGUAUAAUAUUUGCUUUGAAUUGGAGGACUGCAAUGAAAUAUUUAUUCAGCUUUUUAAGACACUCUUCUCUGUUAUCAACUUCUCCCAAAAAGGGAGGACCAGCUUUCAGCACGUAGAAUCAAUAUUCGAAAAGCGUGCCAACAGACAUGACCAACAAACUUCACAGGCAGAAUACAUAGAAGGCAACAGUCACAAUCAGAAGGUACAGAUGCACAUGUUAGAUUUAAUGAGUUCUAUUACCAUGGAAGGAGAUGGUGUAACACAAGAGCUGUUGGACACUAUCCUUAUUAAUCUGAUCCCUGCACAUAAGAAUCUAAACAAGCAAGCAUUUGAUUUGGCCAAAGUUCUUUUGAAGAGAACAGCUCAAACCAUAGAGCCAUGUAUUGCUAAUUUUUUUAACCAGGUUUUAGUGUUGGGUAAAUCUUCAGUGAGCGACUUGUCUGAGCAUGUCUUUGAUCUAAUACAAGAACUAUUUGCAAUAGAUCCCCAUUUGUUGCUGUCUGUUAUGCCUCAACUGGAAUUCAAACUUAAGAGUAAUGAUGGAGAAGAACGUCUGGCUGUUGUGCGUCUUCUUGCAAAGUUAUUUGGGUCAAAGGAUUCUGAUCUAGCUACACAGAACCGCCCACUAUGGCAGUGUUUCCUGGGCCGGUUUAAUGAUAUUCAUGUCCCUGUCAGAUUAGAAAGUGUGAAAUUUGCCAGUCAUUGUUUAAUGAACCACCCAGAUCUGGCUAAAGAUCUAACUGAGUUUUUAAAGGUGAGAUCACAUGAUCCUGAAGAAGCAAUUCGUCAUGACGUUAUUGUCACAAUAAUCACUGCUGGAAAGAAAGAUCUUUCUCUGGUAAACGACCAGCUACUUGGCUUUGUGCGAGAGAGAACACUCGAUAAAAGGUGGAGAGUCAGAAAAGAAGCAAUGAUGGGGCUUGCUCAACUCUACAAGAAAUAUUGCCUCCACAAUGAAGCUGGGAAAGAGGUUGGGGAGAAAGUGAGCUGGAUAAAGGAUAAACUCUUACAUAUAUACUAUCAAAACAGCAUUGAUGACAAAUUGCUAGUAGAGAAAAUAUUUGCUCAGUACCUUGUUCCACACAACCUUGAGACUGAAGAAAGAAUGAAAUGUCUAUACUAUUUGUAUGCUAGUUUGGAUCCCAAUGCUGUCAAGGCUUUAAAUGAAAUGUGGAAAUGCCAGAAUAUGUUGAGAAGCCAUGUACGGGAACUACUGGACUUGCACAAAUGCCCUGUUUCUGAAGCAAACACUUCUACUAUGCUUGGGAAAUUGAUGACAAUUGCAAAAAACUUGCCAGAUCCUGGAAAAGCACAAGAUUUUGUCAAGAAAUUCAAUCAGGUUUUGGGUGAUGAUGAGAAACUGAGGUCUCAGUUGGAACUGUUAAUAAGCCCAACAUGUUCGUGUAAGCAGGCAGAUGUGUGUGUGAGAGAAAUUGCCCGUAAACUUGCAAAUCCCAAGCAGCCUACAAACCCAUUCCUGGAAAUGGUAAAAUUCUUGUUGGAAAGAAUUGCUCCUGUACAUAUAGAUUCAGAAGCAAUCAGUGCUUUAGUGAAGCUGAUGAAUAAAUCAAUCGAGGGCACAGUUGAUGAUGAAGAGGAAGGUGUAAGUCCUGAUUCUGCUAUAAGAGCAGGACUGGAACUACUUAAGGUCCUGUCCUUCACCCAUCCUACCUCAUUCCACUCAGCUGAGACAUAUGAAUCUUUCCUUCAGUGCCUCCGUAUGGAAGAUGACAAAGUAGCUGAAGCCGCUAUACAAAUAUUUCGGAAUACAGGGCACAAAAUAGAAACGGAUUUACCGCACAUCAGAUCGGCACUUAUUCCAAUUUUACAUCAGAAGGCCAAAAGAGGUACCCCACAUCAGGCUAAGCAGGCGGUACACUGCAUCCAUGCCAUCUUCUCCAAUAAAGAGGUGCAACUUGCACAAAUAUUUGAGCCUCUCAGCAGAAGUCUGAAUGCAGAUGUACCUGAACAAUUAGUAACACCUUUAGUUUCCCUAGGACACAUUUCUAUGCUAGCACCUGACCAGUUUGCUUCCCCAAUGAAAUCUGUGGUGGCAAAUUUCAUAGUGAAGGAUUUACUCAUGAAUGACCGGUCUAACGGUGACAAGAAUGGCAAGCUUUGGUCACCAGAUGAUGAUAUUUCACCAGAGGUUCAUGCUAAAGUGCAAGCCAUAAAGCUAUUGGUGCGUUGGCUUUUGGGAAUGAAAAACAAUCAGUCAAAGUCUGCAAACUCUACUCUGCGAUUGCUGUCUGCUAUGCUUGUCAGUGAAGGAGAUCUGACAGAGCACAAGAGAAUUAGUAAAUCUGAUAUGUCUCGUCUGAGGUUAGCAGCUGGAGGUGCCAUCAUGAAACUUGCUCAGGAACCUUGUUACCAUGAAAUAAUCACACCAGAGCAGUUUCAGCUCUGUGCUAUGGUGAUUAAUGAUGAGUGCUACCAGGUGAGGCAGAUCUUUGCACAGAAGCUCCACAAGGCUCUUGUGAAGCUACAGCUUCCACUUGAAUACAUGGCUAUCUUUUCCCUGUGCGCCAAGGAUCCUGUGAAAGAAAGGAGGGCUCAUGCCAGGCAGUGCUUACUUAAAAAUAUCAGCAUACGACGGGAGUACAUUAAACAAAAUCCAAUGGCGCAUGAGAAGCUUUUGUCCUUGCUACCAGAAUAUGUUGUCCCAUACAUGAUUCAUCUCCUGGCACACGAUCCAGAUUUUACUAAGCCUCAGGAUAUUGAUCAGCUGCGUGAUGUAAAAGAGUGUCUUUGGUUUAUGCUUGAAGUUUUAAUGGCUAAGAAUGAAAAUAACAGUCAUGUCUUCAUGAAGAAAAUGUGUGAGAACAUUAAACAGACCCGGGAUGCGCAAUCACCAGAUGAUCCUAAAGCAAAUGAAAAACUGUACACUGUUUGUGAUGUAGCGCUCUGUGUCAUGAAUAGUAAGAUCACCACCACUCAUGCUGAAGCUCCAAAGGACCCCGUAUUACCCACCAGAUUUUUUACACAACCAGAAAAGGAUUUUUGCAAUGAUACUAGCUAUAUAUCUGAGGAAACCAGGAUUCUUUUGUUAACUGGAAAGCCUAAACCAACAACCGUGCUUGGUGCAGUAAACAAGCCCCUUUCUGCCACUGGACGAAGACCUUACAAUAGAAGCACAGGGUCUGAAACACUGAGUAAUGUGAAUGUCCUCAUUGAGUCAGACUCACCAAUUGGCAUGAGGCAGAGUUCUGAAGUGUCGAAAACCGGUGUAAGCGAAAACGAUGAGCAUCCUGUGAGAAUUAUUUCUGCCACUCCUGCCAAGAUGGAGUCUGUCAAAAAUAAGGAGGUGAAUUCAGAUCAGACAGCACCAACUAAUGUUGGUACUGAACGGGGAAAGAAAAGAUCUGCACCAUCGCCAGGGACAGAAAAUAUACAUAAGGAGUCAGAGGAGAAGAAAACAGAAGAUCUUGGGCCUACAGCUCCACCUAAGCCAAGAAGAGGACGUCCACCAAAGUCUGAAUCUCAGGGGAGUGCAGCAAAAACUGAUGACCUCAAUAAGCCAGCUGGAAGAGGUCGGAAGAGGGCAGCAGCCAAUCAGGAAAGCCCUGGAGGUUUGGAUGCAGGAAAUGCAAAAGUACCAAAACAAGACAAAAAAACAGCACAAAGGCAAAUUGACUUGCAAAGCAGCCAGUUUCUAGGGAGUGAAGGAGAUUCCUUGUGGGAGAUAGAAUCAAGUCCAGGAUAUUCUUCUGCUGAUGCAGACCUGUUUAGUGAAUGUGUGAGCAGUCAAGAUGCAGAGGACACACAGCUAGAAGAAAGAGGAUACCUAAAGGUAAAAAGAAAAGUCCUCUGCAAGGGAAGAAAAUGAAUGCCCGUUACUAGGCAUGUUCUCCAUACUUCAAAAUCUGUUUUCUUCACAGAUAUAUUAAUUGCUUUCUACCUUUAAUUAUAUAAACUAAAAAAAGAAACUGCUUUCCUAACCAGGAAUCCUUUCUGCGGAUCUGAAAAACUCACAAGGAUAAAUUCUCAGAUUCUCUGAGACAUUUUUUUUUCUUUCCUUUUAUGAAGAUUUAAAGAAAUAUGUUGCUUAACACCAUGAUAUACUAUUAUGAUGAAAUGCAACAAAGCAUUAAAUCUUUAACUCUUCAAGGACCAUUUUAAAUGGUCUGGCAGCACGAUAGACUGUCUGUGCUUUACUUUGCUUUACAAAACCCAUCCAGGAUACCUUUUAAUGAUUUUGUGGAUAUUCAACCGGCUUACAUUCUAGUGCGAAUAGACUCCUGCUAAUUGGAUUUAACUGUUGCUCUGCUGGAGCGCUUGAAGGCACACAACUUACCCAAGGGAAGGGAGCAUUGAAGAUAUUUUUGCUUCAUCUUUGGUAACUGUCUCAUGUAAAGUUUGCUGCCACUGUGCUUUUCAAAUAGAGCAAGAUGUACAGUUUUUUUUCCCCUUAUUUUUGGGAGGGUAGGGUUUUUUUUGUUUUGUUUUUUAUUCUCUUGAUUUGCAAAGUUACAUGGUAGCAGAUUUUCAUACUUUUUAUCAAUUUCCCCUCCACAAAGUGGGGGGAAACUAAAAUAAAUUUUAGUCUGAUUGAUUUAUGGACAUUUCAGGAAACCAUUUCUCUCAUCUUUGUCAUGUUCGGUUAAUAUAAUUUUGAAAAUGUACAUAUUGGUGUUUGUUUUAUAUUGCAUAUAUCACCUUUAAAAUCCCCUUUUACGGAAGAGCUCUUGUUGGGAUACUGUAUGAACUGACAGUCUGGCGUUUGAUUUUAUAAUGUUGGUCAGCAGAUUUUUAUUAACAAUGUAAAAAAAAAAUCAAUUUUUUAAUAGAUUAAAUUAGGCAGCUUUAUUAAAAAAAUAAAUUUGAAUAUACUGGCUGUUCAAUUUUUAGAUAUUUUGCCGUUCUGAAUUCCAUGGUUAAAGUUUUGUCUCCCUAUCAAAACAAAUUUUAAAGGUUUUUAUUUUAGGUUACUAGGUUUGCACUCAGCAUUUUGUCAUAGAUAGAGUGGACACUUAUGUGUGCACCAAAUGCUGUAUGUACACAGUGUAUGUACACAUGGUCAUAUUUAAGUUUGUUGCAUACAAUAAACGCUUCUAGGUGUCA